AUCAAGUCAAGUGAGGAUAUUCUGAAGCAUGCAUCAAAAUUGCUGAAAGCUGAACUUCCCGUUUCAGUAAGAUUAAUAGGUCUUAGAGUAUCACAGUUUAACGGAGAUAAAAGUGGUAGUGGUGCUACCCCUGGUCGUACACAGAAGACUAUUACCAAUUUCAUUACUUCAGGAGAAGCCAAUAGGAAAAAGGACCCUUUUUCAGAUGUUACAGAUCAUGACUUUAUCAGUGAUAUAGAAACUGAUCCUUCGAUUGAUGUUGGGCACACAAGCCAGCUUGAUAGCAGAGAUCCUUUUGAUGGUAAUCAUUCAUUAGAUGUAAAUCACCAAAGCUGCACUCUCUGGAAAAAUGAUGGUGCAGAGAAGGUACAAACUUCUGGUAAUGAUGCUGCAAGUUCUCACCACAGUGCAUGUACAGAGAUGCUUGGAUCAACUUCAUUCCAGGGGAAGUUUGAGGGGAAAAAUGUGAAUGAUGGGUCUAAUCUUCUGGAGGAGGAUAGACUUAAUUCUUGUCAGGAAACAACAAUGUUGUGGUUGAAUGACUAUAAAUGUUCACUCUGUGGAAUAGAACUUCCUCCAAGUUUUGUUGAGGAAAGAUUAGAGCAUUCUGAUUUCCAUUUUGCUGAGAAGCUUCAAAAGGAAGAAUCAAGUAUUCGCCAAACAUCUAUUCCGAUUCAAAGUCAGGAUCAAAAGCACCGAAUCAAUAGACAAAGCAAAUCCAAGAAGCAAAAGUUGUCGCAGAGAGAGGGCCGAUAUACGCCCAUUGAUUAUUUUUUUGUUAAGGAGUAAUCAAAGCUUUAAGUUAUUAUUGUAUAAUUUGUAUCUUAUUUU